UAUACCGGAAGCAGAGAGCAGCGUAAUGAGACACAGUGUGUGUUUCUGAUCACUUUUAACGAUGGAUUUUCGAUAGAAGAUAAAACUCUUAUUGUUCUAGUCAACAAACAAAUAGGGAAAAUUCAUUUUAACCAGAGAGGAAGCAUGGCUACAGCAUCGAGCCUGAAUCUUAUGAAAUCUGCAGAUCUGAUCAAGAAAGAGCCGCUGGAUUAUGGAGGUUUCGGGGAAGUUUAUCUGUGCUAUCACAAAACACUGGGCCAUGUGGUCCUGAAGACGGUAUACACCGGCCCCCCUCGCAAUGGGCGACAGAAGCAAUCUCUCCUGGAAGAGGGCAGUCUGAUGAACCGGUUAAACCAUCACCGAGUAGUCAAGCUGCUGGGGAUUAUUCUGGACGAUGGAGAAUAUUCUUUAGUCAUGGAGCUCAUUCCUAAAGGCAAUCUACUCAACCUCGUGGAGACGGUGACCGUUCCAGUGUCGGUUAAAGGAAGAAUCAUUUUGGAGAUCUUGGAGGGAAUGGUUUAUCUCACAGACAACCAAGUUAUUCACAAAGAUCUGAAACCUGAGAACAUCCUGGUGGACAAGCAUUUCCAUAUAAAAAUCGCUGACCUCGGCCUGGCCACAUCUGAGACGUGGAGCAAACUGACGAAGGAGGAGUCUCGCCGACAGAGUCGUCUGGGGAAGAAGACCUGUAUUCGUGCUGCCGGCACACUGUGCUACAUGGCACCAGAGCAUCUCAAUAGCAUCCACACACGCUCCACUGAGAAAUCUGACAUCUUCAGCUUCGCCAUUGUAGUUUGGGUCAUCCUCACAGGUCUCGAGCCAUAUGAACAUGCCAGAAGUGAAGAACAAAUAUGUCUUUGCGUGUGUCAGGGUGAACGGCCCAGUGAAGAACAAAUCCCAAAGGGCACACCUGAAGAAAUCAUUGACCUUAUGAAGGCAUGCUGGGAUCAUGAGCCUAAUGAACGACCCACAUUUAAAGAUGGCUAUGCAAAAUUUUUGCCCUUUUACGAGGAGAAGCUGGAAACAAAUGUUGAAGACGAUUUGCAGAGUCUGAUGAAAUUGUAUGAGGGUCCAGAGGAGCUGGUAGAAAAGAUGAAAUCUCUCUCAACUUCAGAGCCUCACAGUCCUGAAGUUGUUGUGUCAGCAGACUUUUCUCCAUCUUCAAGAGACUCUCCAGCACCAUUAAGGAGUUCAGAUAUUGGGCCAGUGGAGGCCAGCAUUGAAGACCUCAGUCCUUCUGGAGCUUUUGUACUGGAGAGUGACGCAGCCCCUCCCAGUUCUCCGAACUUAGAGCUGAAACUGGCACAAGAGUUUAACUACCACAAGUUUGGAAGUCGUAUAGAUCAGCUGGACCAAACGCCAAACAGCGUUUUCAAUCCAUUGCCACGGCCUGGAGACGUUUCUUCUGUGACGUCCUGGACUAAGCCCAAUCUGUUUCCAUAUCAAGAAGAGGAUAUGCAUCUGAGGGCUUCUGCUGCUGCAGGUGCAUUUGAUGCUGUUCACAGGCCUGAAUAUGCAAGCCAGUUGUCAGGGAUGCAUUCGGAGUAUAACAGGGUCCAACAUCAGUAUCCACCGUAUGAUCGUUUCAAGUCCUGUCCUGAAAGUGGAAUUCCAGGGUCACUCGUGCUGGAUUCAAAUGCUGGCCUGCGUUUUAACUCACCUGUCAUAUGUCCUCCGUCAGACUCAGGACCACCUGUGUACAUCUCAAAUGCCAGUGCGAUUCAGAUCGGAAGUAACAACACAAUGAAUCUGCGAGGUUCUGAAAACAGCUUUAACAGGUCAUUAUCCACUGGAUCCACCAACAAAGCCAGAUAUAAAGAACUCCUGCUGAAAUAUGGCGACCAUAAGGUCACUGAAAGUCACCUGGAGGUUGGGCGUCAGAACAUUGGUAGCAACUGGAAGCAAGUUGCUCGUAAACUGGGCCUGACCGACAUAGACGUGGAAACCAUUGAGCAUGACUAUGACCGGGACGGGUUGGCAGAGAAGGUGUAUCAGAUGCUGGAGCGCUGGAGGAUGAAGGAAGGAAUACUGGGCUCCAAUGUGGGUACACUGUGCCGGGCACUGGAUGGCUGCAUCAAAUCUGAAGUUCUCAUGCAGCUACUGCUGAAGUCUCAGAAUGCUACAGUCCCCUAAAACUGCACUUCUGGGAGUGUCGUAAUAAAGUAAUGUGCAAAUUAAGUACGGGGCAAAUGAAUUGCUGGAGGGUAGAGCCCGACAGUCAAAUAAAGGGUGCAUUAAAAACCAUUACUUCCUCUAACUCUCCAAACCAAGGUUAAAAAUGUUUUCCGGGAAUUAUGUGUUUUUCGACAGUACAGAAUAAUGAUUAAUUAAAUAUUCUUUAUAAUGCUAGAUUUACACAUCAUGGCACCAAAGGCAUCUUUUUGUCCUGUCAUUUGUAUUUGUAAUAAAUUCCUACAAACACACAUAUAUAUAUAUAUACACAUGUGUGUGUGUGUUUGUAUUCUUUUAUAAUGUCAUCAACCUGCUUUAAUAUAAUUUUUCUUCUAUGAAAUUAUGUCUAUAUUCCUUAUAGUUAUUCAAAGUUGAAGAUUAUUUCCUCCCUUUGGUUUGUUUGUUUAUUUAGCUUUGCAAAAGCAUUCUUUAAAUGCAGGUAUACUUUUAAAAAAAUAAAUAAA